AUGGACAAUGGCACGCGGAUAAAGAAGCUCAUCUUUGCACGACUCUCACGCCCGCGUCUGCUCCUGGUCGGCUUCUUCGCCUGUUUCUUCGUCAUCUACGUCCUUUCCCCCUACGACAGCCAAAUACGCUCAGCCCUGCGGUGGCAGACCACAAUAGCCUCCGACUAUGUCCAACAUAAAUACCCAAGCGACAAGUGGCUCUUCAAGGAGCAGAAAUACCCCAUAGACCCGGAUCAGGACGUCGCCAUCAUCCUCAAGACCGGCUUUGGCACCAGAAACAGAGUUCCCAACGUCUUGGCAGCUCUUGGGAACGAGACAUUCGACAGCGAUAUCUUGAUCGUCCAGGACGCUCCCGUCGAACAGAAGAGGUCGUACGUGACCGCUGGCGGAAAGCAGGUGCCCACUGUCGACAUUAUCGGCUGGAUGAUACAAAACAACAAGCUUUUGGGCCACGCCAAGAGUGAACGCCUCAUGAAAUAUGAGCUGCUUGCUGAUGCCAUCGAUGCUGAAGACUACUUCAUGGCCGACACGCUGGCCAAGGGCAAUGGUUGGGAAUUAGAUGCCAUGAAGUUUAUAUCGGGCCUGCAGUAUGCCUGGGAAAACUUACCAAAGAAGAAGUGGUACAUCAUGUCUGAUGAUGAUACCUACCUCAUCAAGUCUUCCCUGGCCCUGACUUUGGGUCACUUCGACUUCAGACAACCUCACUAUUUCGGAAACCCCGUUGGCGACUUUCUGGGACGUUUCGCCCACGGAGGUUCGUCAGCUGUCAUCUCCGGGGCCGCCAUGGCCAAGUUGUUUGACAGCCAUCCCGAAGUUGUGGCUGGUGCCCAUCUCGAAUCCAUUUCGGCCACGUGGGGUGACAAGCUCCUGGCAACUACUCUCAUGAAGACCGGCGUCUACUUGGAUGAGAAGUAUGCCAGGCUCUUCAACGGCGAGCCUCCACAUAUGACCAGGAUGUGGGCGGAUCGAUUUUGUCUGCCACUCCUUUCAUUUCACGGGCUUGGCGACCCUGUCAAAAUGGAGGAAACAAACCAACAUUUCAAGGGCGCGAAAGAGCCCGUUUUCUGGAGGCAAUUGGGAAGGAUUUAUGGUGCCGCAGACUUCGAGUCUUUUGUCGCCGAACCGAUUAGACUGAACACAGACUUCGUCGGCCGCCUUGACGAACACAGUACGACCGUGGAACACACUGAGACUGUGGAAGACUGUGUCAAGGAAUGCGGUGCCCACUCGACAGAAUGCCUUGCAUGGACUUGGAAUCAAGUUACCAAGCAAUGUCACUAUGCACCAUGGGCGAUUAUCGGGGACUACAGAGAAAACGUCAUAUCCGGCAUCAACUACGCCAUGGCAAGGAAGCUGGAGGACGGCUGUCACUCAAAGCCGGUACCAACCAUGGCCACUGAAUAA